AUGGGGAAUGUUCUAAAUAAAAUGAUCUUUAAUGCUCCACAUGAAGGAUUUUAUGAAACAUUAGAUAUAGAUUUUAUUUAUAUUGAAACAGAAGAUAACGAAAAAAUAGCAGCACAUUACAUUAAUAGGAAUAACUUACUAACAAUUUUGUUUUGCCAUGGGAAUAGUGAAAACAUUUACAUGCUGUAUGACUAUUUUUACGAAGUAUCAGAAACAUGGAAUGUAAAUAUAUUAUUGUAUGAUUACCCUGGUUAUGGGGAAAGCACAGGAACACCAACCGAAGAAAAUAUGUACAAAAGUGGAUAUGCAGUUUAUGAUUAUAUGGUAAAUACUUUAAAUAUAAAGCCAGAAACCAUUAUUUUAUACGGAAGGUCUAUAGGAUCAUGUGCAGCUGUGGAUAUAGCAAUUAACAGGAAAGUAAAAGGUGUAAUCCUACAAAGUGCUAUAUUGUCGUUAUUCAAUAUAUGUUUUAAAACUAGGUAUAUUUUACCAUUUGAUUCCUUAUGCAACAUUAAAAAGAUUGACAUGAUACCUUGUUAUGUCUUUUUUAUUCACGGAAUGAAUGAUAAAAUUGUCCCAUUUUAUCAUGGAUUAGCCCUAUAUGAAAAAUGCAAAAUGAAGGUGUCCCCCUAUUGGGUUGUUAAUGGAAAACAUAAUGAUGUUGAAUUAAUUGACAAUAAAAAAUUCAACGAAAACAUAAAAUUUUUCUUAAAUUUUUUAAAUAAUUCAUAA